CUACGAGUGCACGAGUUAGUUCUAGAAGGCUCCGUUAUCAGAUAAAACCCCCCAAUCUCGUUUAGGGUUUUUAUCUUCAUUGUUUCAAUUUUCAACGCCACUUCCUCUCAAUUUCUUACCUCACACCCACAAUCUCUGUGCUUCGUCGACUAAGUGUAAGUUCCAACAAUGGCCACCGUUCAGCUCACAGCAUCAUCAAUUUCAGCGAGGAACGUGACAUCAUUUGAAGGGCUUCGACCUUCAGCGGUUCAGUUUCCUUGUUUUGGUCGUGUUAGGAUUGGUAAUUUCACCCAAAGGUCCUUCCGGGGUUUGAUUGUUAAAGCUGCUACUGUUGUUGCCCCCAAGUACACAGCUAUUAAGCCUCUGGGUGACAGAGUACUGGUGAAAAUUAAGGAUGCUGAAGAGAAGAGCGAGGGUGGGAUUUUGCUUCCAACUUCUGCACAAUCAAAGCCUCAAGGGGGUGAGGUGGUUGCUGUUGGAGAAGGAAAGACAGUUGGGAAGAGCAAAGUGGACAUUAGUGUGAAGACUGGCACACAAGUUGUGUAUUCGAAGUAUGCAGGUACUGAGGUGGAGUUUAAUGGUACAAAGCAUCUUAUUAUAAAGGAUGAUGACAUUGUUGGUAUCCUUGAAACCGAUGAUGUGAAGGAUCUUAAACCCUUGAAUGAUAGAAUCCUCAUAAAGGUUGCAGAAGCUGAGGAAAAAACUGCAGGGGGCUUGUUGCUUACAGAGGCAACUAAAGAGAAACCUUCAAUCGGAACAGUGAUAGCGGUUGGUCCAGGGUCUGUGGAUGAGGAAGGGAACAAAAAACCUUUGUCUGUUACUCCUGGGAACACAGUUUUGUACUCCAAAUACGCUGGGAAUGACUUCAAGGGCAAAGAUGGUUCUGAAUACAUUACCUUGAGGGUCUCUGAUGUCAUGGCUGUCCUCUCUUAGGAACAACUGGUUUGAGUUUUUGUAACUUAAAUUUUUUGUGUUCAUCUCGAAUGAAAGUGGAUUUUUUUAUUGUAAUGACAAUUGAAAUAUAGUUGAUUGCGAUAUGUUCCUUAGACAAUCUGCAUUUUCUUCGGAUUUGGUACACUCAGUAAUGAAUUGAUCUCUGCCAUC